AUGCAACCUUUCUUAUCAUCACCAACUUUCCUUUCUCAGCUCUUUCCUCCACUGCUCUUCUGUUCUUCAUUUCUUUUGGCUCUUUUUCUCCAAUGGCUAUACCACAAAGGCAAACGCUUGCCCCCUGGUUCCAUGGGCUGGCCCUACCUAGGAGAGACCCAUAAACUUUACACUCAAAACCCAAACACCUUCUUCUCCAAAAGGCUCAAAAGGUAUGGAGGUAUCUUCAAAACCCACAUUCUGGGUUGUCCUUGUGUGAUGAUUUCAAGCCCAGAGGCAAUGAGAACUGUGCUUGUGACUCAAGCACAUCUUUUCAAGCCAACAUACCCUGCAAGCAAAGAGAAGAUGAUAGGGCCGGAGGCUGUUUUCUUUCAGCAAGGUCACUAUCACUCCAUGCUCAAAAAGUUAGUUCAGGCCGCCUUUUUGCCCUCUGCAAUCAAAAACUCAGUUUUAGAGGUUGAGCACAUUGUGCUUAAACUGCUUCCAAAUUGGGCCAACACAACCAUCAAUGCCUUACAAGAGAUGAAGAGGUAUGCUUUCGAGGUAGCUGCCAUCUCAGCCUUCGGUGAAAUAAUGGAGAUUGAAAUGGAAGAAAUCAAAGACAUGUAUCGGUGCUUGGAGAAGGGCUACAACUCCUUUCCUUUGUAUGUUCCUGGAACUUCCUAUUGGAAGUCAUUGAAGGCAAGGAAAGUUCUGAAUGAAACUAUAAGGAGAUUGAUACAGAAAAGAAGAGAAAGUAAGAACAAUGGAAGAGGGUUGUUGGGAGUUUUGUUGCAAGCAAGAGGUCACAAAAUGUAUGAGCUCAGUGAUUCUCAGAUUGCUGAUAACCUCAUUGGUGUGAUCUUUGCUGCACAUGAUACCACUGCGAGUGUUCUGACAUGGGUUCUCAAGUACUUGCACGACAAUGUCAACCUCUUGGAAGCUGUGACGGAAGAGCAUGAAAGAAUUAAAACUAAACUAGCUAUCGAAAAUCGUGGCCUCACUUGGAAUGAUACAAGGCAGAUGCCACUAUCUGGCCGGGUUUUUCAAGAAACUCUGAGAAGUGCUAGCAUACUGUCAUUCACAUUCAGAGAAGCUGUACAAGAUGUUGAGCUCGAAGGUUACUCUAUUCCAAAAGGUUGGAAGGUCCUUCCCCUCUUCAGAAGCAUUCAUCACUCUGCUGAUUUCUUCCCUCAACCAGAAACUUUUGAUCCUUCCAGAUUCGAGGUGCCACCAAGACCAAAUACAUACAUGCCAUUUGGAAAUGGAGUCCACUCUUGUCCAGGAAGUGAGCUGGCUAAGCUUGAGGUGCUCCUCCUCCUCCAUCACUUCACUGUCUCUUAUAGGUGGCAAGUUGAGGGAAAUGAAGACGGAAUACAGUAUGGUCCUUUUCCUGUACCCAAACAUGGACUGCCAAUCAAGAUAAGCCCAAGAAAGAAGAUGGUCACAGAAGUUGCAAAUUCCACAGUUUAG